CUCAGGCCCAUCUCACAGCUUGCCCGGGAAAUUUUGGAGUAUUUAGUAGGCGACACUCCAAUCUACAGUGACCGAAGCCCGCGCAGAUUCGCCAACUGUAAACCAAAUGUCUCCGCCGUCCAUCCACUAUCUGUUCGCUUACAAUUCUCUGCAGGCCCUCGGAUGGGCAUUUGCUCUCUCUAGAAUUUUGAGCAGCUUUGUAAUCACCAAGUCUUUUCAUGGAGCUUACGCUUCGGCUGGAGAGCUAAUCUGUUUGCUGCAAACAGUUGCAUUCUUGGAAGUUGUACAUGCGGCCAUUGGUAUUGUGCCAAGUGGAGUGGUGAAUACCCUGAUGCAAUGGGGAGGAAGGGUUCAUUUUCUGUUGGUGGUUGUUCGCCAAAUCGAUGAGGUCCAAGAGUUGCCAUCAGUUUUCAUAACUUUUGUUGCUUGGAGCCUAACUGAGGUAAUUAGGUAUCCGCAUUAUGCUUUGAACUGCAUAGGAAAUUGUCCAUCGUGGAUUACCUAUCUCAGGUACACUGCAUUCAUUAUGCUGUAUCCUACAGGACUUGUCCCUGGUGAAAUGUGGCUCAUGUACCAAGCACUUGAAUUUAUAAAGAAGAAGCAUCUCCAUGAAGAUUUAUUUAAUGGCCUUCCCUUCAGCUAUUAUAAUUUUCUCAAGGUUCUUCUUCUCUGCUACCCUUUCCUAGGUUUAAAGCUUUACCUGCAUAUGUUUAAGCAACGGAGGUCAAAACUUGGAAAACACCAUAAAAAGAAGAGAAUUUGAAGGUCGACGCUCUUUCAGAGUUACUAGUUGGUUGCCACUUAAUGGUAGCUCUGGAGCUUGAAACCUCAGAUGCUGUAUGCCAUGUAUCAUAUGUAAUACAUGUAUUACUGGGCUAAGCUGUGUUCAAUUGUACCGUUUAUGUACCUUUCAAUUUUUUUUUUAUCUCUAUCAUGUAAUACAUGUAUUACUGGGCUAAGCUGUGUUCUAGCUCAUACUUGGGCUGAUUUAAGGAAUAUUUGGCCAUUUGUUAGGCAGGAACUGGUUGUAAAAUUCAAAAUCCGUGUCAUAUAAUGUCUUUUGCUUUA